AUGGACCACGACGAUAUAGCAAGAAAACGUGCAGAGCGAGCGCGUCGGAAGCUGGACCAGUCACAGAAUGUGAGUGCAUCUACACCAGAUACCGCUCGGUGUGAAAAGCCCGCAGUGGCAGAUCGCGAGUGGAUGCAUAUCAACCACGAUGUGCCCGUCGAGCAAGAUGCACGGCGAGUGCGUCUGGUGUCAUGGAAUAUGCUAGCACAGAGUCUCGUUCGACGUGAGCUAUUCCCGGGCAGCGAUUGCCUUAAACUGAAGACACGACUCCCUGGAAUAGUAGCAGAAAUGACCUCGCACGACAACGAUCUUGGAUGUUUCCAAGAAGUCGACUCGAUCAAUGAGAUUGUGCCAUCGAUUCGGCAGGCCGGAUUCGAUUUCGUGUAUGAGCGGGGGUACGAAGAAAAGAAACAUGGGCUCAUGAUCAUGUGGAAAACCAAGGCAAGUACACGUGCAACGUUCGAGUCUCCUGUGUGGAAGAAGGUCGUCCGUCUCGACGACGUCGACAAAUGGGGCGACACUGUGGAUGGUCCGUCACUUUCUCGUUGCACGCGCAACAUUCUUUUGAUCGUGGCACUUCCUUUUUCUUCCGGCCCAGGCGGUAUCAUUGUGGCGACAACGCAUUUAUUCUGGCACCCGCGGUAUGGUUAUGAGCGAGCACGACAAGCCGCAGUUAUCAUGCGAGAGCUCAGCAGCUUGCGCGCCGCGUCACAGGAGGACUGGUCAUCGUGGCCUAUAGUCUUGGCGGGAGAUUUGAACGAUCAGCCUCACUCUUCUACCUAUACACUUUUGACCGGACAGGCUGCGCAGUACCGUGACCAAAUUCGCACCGACUUGAUGGCCUCGCGCGUUGUUCACACAUCUGUGGACGAGAGCCGUGGUUUGCGUACGGUGCACUAUGCAGCCACUGUCACCGAAGCAGGUGACGAAGACCGCGUGCUUGGACGCCAUCGUGCCCCUAAGGAAAAUGAACUUCUUUUGCCGGAUGAAAUCAUCGCGUUCGCACAGUUCGAUGCCGGUCCCACGCGACCGGGGCAUUUUCGGAGUGCAUACGGAUCCCAUUACGCUCAAUUGGGACCACAUGCAGAGUUCUUUCGUGAUCGCGGCACUGCACCGGAGCGCUACGACCAAACCGAAUCACCUAUACCGACGGACCAGCGACAGCUUCAAAGCUUUGAGCCUAAAUGGACACUGUUUUCGCCGCUCUUUCGUCUCACCCUCGAUUACAUUCUUCUUGCGCCUCGUGCACAUGUUCAAGGCCCGGAUUUUCCUGUCGUGACGGCGUUGCUAUCGCUUUCCCCGGAGUCGGUACUCCAUCCAGGUGUACCUCGUGUUUCUGUGUGUAGUUCUGAUCACAUCAUGAUUGGCGCAGAGCUUGCUCUUUAG